AUGGAGAAAUUCUUAGCUCUAGAGACCACUGCAAGUUUGCCCAAAGGUAGUGAACAUAGAAGGAAUCAAUCUGAAAUCAUUCGGAUAAAACCAUCUGGGCACCCAUUAAAAGGUUCGGCUUCAGCUAGUUUGAAGGAGAUGUCACAGAAGAAUGUUGAUGAUGAGUCAGCUUCCCUUCCUCGGGCUCUGGAAGAGGUUGAUGGGUUCGUUAAUUCAUUAUCUUCGGAACUGGCACAGGUUCCGGAAUCAAUAUGGUCCUUUUACAGGAUGUUUGAAUCAUUGAUUAAAACAUAUGAAUCGAGGGAAAGUUCGGCCAGAUUCGGGCAGAAUCCUCAUGAGGAUGAUUUGUUUUUUGAAUGUGUGAAACGGGUUUCAAAGCUGAUGAAUGGAAUGGGUGAAUUGUCAUCCAGAGAUGUAACUGGAUUUUCUCUGAACCAGGCGAGCAAUGUGCUGAAUCGUGCCAUGUCUUUGUUGAAUGAAGAAUUCCGUGCACUUUUAUACCAUAAGCGCUGCCACUUAGACCUCAAAACUCCAAAGACACCGAACCAAUCCAUUUUCAGUUCGAAUUCCUCAUCAAAUCAGGACUCAGAUAGAUGUAUUCUGCCUGAAACCGGGUUCAAUCAAGAAGACGAGUUCCCAGCUUUCUCACAAGAUGCAAUCUCAAACAUGAACAACAUUGCCACAGCAAUGAUCUCAACCGGGCACGAAUCAGAAUGUUGCAUGGUGUAUAGUAUCUUUAGGAAAAUGGCGCUGGGAGAUCAACUCACCAAGCUUGGAUUCGACAAUAUCAGCUUUGAUGAUGUGCAAAGAAUGCAAUGGGAAUCCCUUGAAGAAGAAAUCAAAACAUGGAUCAGGAUUUUCAGUCAUUGUUACACGGUUCUCUUCCCUAGAGAACGCAAGCUUUCAGAUUCAGUCUUCUCCGAAUAUCCAUCUAUAUCUGAAAGAUUGUUUACCGAUCUUGCCACUGUAAUGAUUAAAAGGUUUCUCAAUUUCGGUGAAGGCGUUGUUUUAACAAAGAGGUCAACUGAGAAAUUGUUCAAAAUUUUGGAUAUGUAUGAGACUUUCAGAGACCUGCUUCCAGCAAUGGGACAAUGGUGUUCUAGUGAGGGUGCUAAAGACUUAAAAUGCCAGAUUUGGGUUGCUCAAUGCCGGAUUGGUGAAAUGGCCGUCAGCAUAUUUUCUGAACUUGAAACUGCAAUCAAGAGUGACCAUGGACGAACCCCGGUACCCAGUGGCCAAGUUCACCCCUUAACUCGCUACACAGUGAAUUAUCUGAAAUACGCCUGUGAAUACGCGAAGACAUUAGAAGAAGUGUUCAAGCAGCAAGAAAAAGUAGACAUGUCAGAUGAGCCAGAACCUGAGAAUUCGGGUGAUGGGACGCCAAGAAGAUCUCCAUUUUCAAUGAAAUUGAUCAGUAUUAUGGACAUGUUGGAUGCAAAUCUUGAUACCAAGUCAAAGCUGUAUAAGGACCUUUCCUUGAGUUACAUUUUCCUGAUGAACAAUGGAAGAUACAUAUUACAGAAGAUCAAAGGGUCCACGGAGCUUAAAGAUGUAAUGGGCGCCGCAUGGCACAGGAAAAGGACAACAGAUUUGAGGCAAUACCAUAAGAGUUACCAGAGAGAAACGUGGGGCAAAGUGUUGCAAUGCAUCAACCAUGAAGGUUUACAAAACAACAGCGGGAAGGUUCUCAAGUCUGCAUUGAAAGAGAGGUUCAAGAAUUUUAACACGAUGGUGGAAGAGAUACGCAAGACACAGAGCACUUGGGUGGUGAGUGAUGAACAGCUUCAAUCUGAGCUCCGAGUUUCGAUAACGGCGGUGGUGAUUCCGGCUUACCGGUCGUUUUUGGGAAGAUUUAGGCAAUAUCUGGAAGGUAGCAAAGGAGAUAAGUAUAUCAAGUAUCAACCAGAAGACAUAGAGGCGUUGAUUGAAGAAUUAUUUGAUGGAAAUCCAAUGUCUAUGGGAAGGAAAAAAACCGGAAAAGAUUAA